UUUGCUGUCCAUACGUGGUUCGAGAGGAUCAGUAUCAUGGUGAUUCUGCUCAACUGUGUCACCCUGGGGAUGUACCAGCCCUGUGAGAACAUCGACUGCACUUCAGACCGCUGCCAGAUACUACAGGCUUUCGAUGCGUUCAUCUACAUAUUCUUUGCGUUGGAGAUGGUGGUGAAGAUGGUGGCACUGGGAAUCUUCGGGAGACGCUGUUACCUUGGCGACACCUGGAACAGACUAGACUUCUUCAUCGUCAUGUCUGGGAUGGUGGAGUACUCGUUGGACCUGCAGAACAUCAACCUCUCAGCCAUCAGGACAGUCAGGGUCCUCAGACCCCUCAAAGCCAUCAACAGAGUACCCAGUAUGCGUAUCCUGGUGAAUCUCCUCCUGGACACUCUGCCCAUGUUGGGAAACGUCCUCCUGCUUUGUUUCUUCGUCUUCUUCAUCUUCGGCAUCAUCGGAGUGCAGCUGUGGGCGGGACUACUGAGGAACCGUUGCUACCUCGAGGAAAACUUCACCCUUUCGUCAGGUCUGACCCUGCCCGCCCCGUACUACCAGCCGGAGGAGGAUGACGAGCGCCCUUUCAUCUGCUCUCUGGCCCAGGAUAACGGGAUCAUGUCAUGUGGUGACGUCCCGGCCCGGAGGGAGGGGGGAAGGACCUGCUGUCUGGACAGGGAGGAUGCCUACCACCGCCAGUCCCUGGGGCUCAGCCCUGAACCACUAGCCAACGGUUCAGCCAGUGCAGUGGGUCUCUGUAUCAACUGGAACCAGUACUAUACUAGAUGCCACACUGGACAUAGUAAUCCACACAAGGGGGCAAUCAACUUCGAUAACAUUGUAUACGCCUGGAUUGUUAUCUUCCAGGUGAUCACUCUGGAGGGCUGGGUAGAGAUCAUGUACUAUGUAAUGGAUGCUCACUCCUUCUACAACUUCAUCUACUUCAUCUUCCUCAUCAUUAUUGGCUCGUUCUUCAUGAUCAACUUAUGUCUGGUGGUCAUCGCCACCCAGUUCAGUGAGACCAAGCAGCGGGAGCACCAGCUGAUGCAGGAGCAGCGGGCCCAGUGCCUGUCCUCCUCUACCCUGGCCAGCCUGCAUGAACCGGGGGACUGCUACGAAGAGCUCUUCCAGCUGGUCUGCCACAUGCUGCGCAAGGCCCGCAGGAGAUCUGUAGCCCUGUAUAACCAACUGAGAGGAAGGCCUCUGCCACCACCACCCACUAGAGGGAGAGGAAGAGGAAGAGGAGGAGGGGAAGGAGGAGGGAAUGCGAACGGAGGGGACAGGCAUCACCCGAGGCAGCCGCGACAAUCUCACUGUCCUCACCAAAGCAAGCUGGACCCAAUCCACAGCUCCCAACCACUGGGCAACUCCAUUGCCCUGGCCGUCCCUCAAAACACAGAGGACUGCCCUCAGUGUGCUGCGGCACUGUCACUCAGGGAGGGGGCGGGAGCUGUGGGCGACUCAGCCAAUGGGGAGGAGGAGGAGGGGGCCGUGGAGGAGACGGACAGGGAGGAGAACCACUUGGAGGAGAAAGCAGAAGAGGGGGAGGGAGUGAAGAAGAAGAGGAAGAGGAGGUCGUGUUUUGGGCACUGUAAGGACAUGUGGGAUGAGAUGAGGAAGAAACUUUGGGGCAUCGUGGAGAGCAAAUACUUCAAUAGAGGAAUCAUGAUCGCUAUUCUCAUCAAUACUAUCAGCAUGGGGAUAGAACAUCACAACCAGCCGGAGGAGCUGACUAACGUGUUGGAGAUCAGUAACAUUGUGUUCACCAGUAUGUUCACCCUGGAAAUGAUCCUCAAGCUGACCGCCUUUGGCUUCUUCGCCUACCUGAGGAACCCCUACAACAUCUUCGACGGCAUCAUCGUCAUCAUCAGUGUGUGUGAGAUCAUAGGCCAGUCUGAUGGAGGUCUGUCUGUCCUGAGGACCUUCAGACUGUUGAGGGUGAUCAAGCUGGUGCGCUUCAUGCCCGCGCUGCGCAGACAGCUGGUGGUGCUGAUGAAGACCAUGGACAACGUGGCCACCUUCUGCAUGCUCCUCAUGCUCUUCAUCUUCAUCUUCAGUAUCCUGGGGAUGCAUAUCUUUGGCUGUAAGUUCAGUCUGAAGACAGAGACUGGAGACACUGUUCCUGACAGGAAGAACUUUGACUCUCUACUGUGGGCCAUUGUCACUGUGUUUCAGAUUCUGACUCAGGAAGACUGGAACAUGGUGCUGUAUAAUGGAAUGGCCUCCACCUCUCCCUGUGCUGCUCUCUACUUUGUGGCUCUAAUGACCUUCGGCAACUACGUCCUCUUCAACCUGCUGGUGGCCAUCUUGGUAGAGGGCUUUCAGGCUGAGGGGGAUGCCAACCGGUCGUACUCCGAAGACGACAGGUCCUCGUGUAACUUUGACGGGAACUCUGACAAGCUGAAGGACUCGCUUCAUCUCUCUGACCCUAAGAUCUGCACCCUAACCCCCAACGGUCACCUGGACCUGUCCCCAGCGCCCACGGGUCUGUACACGGCCGACAGGCUCACUUUCGCUCUGGGCUCACGCAAAAACAGUGUCAUCUCUCUGGGCAGGGCUAACCUGGAGGGCAGGGCUCUGUGUCCGGGACGCAGCUCCCUGUACCACAACUGGGGCCGCCCUGCCUUCCAGACCCAGGCAAUGUGGGGCCGGCGGUCCAGCUGGAACAGCCUGGGUCGGCCCUCCCGAGCCUUGGGCCUGGGAUUGGGGGUAGGAGGAGGGGGCAGCCUGCGCUCCUGCAGCCCCCACGCCGCCAACCCAGCCGAGCAGGAGUCCCUCCUCUCCCCCCCUCACCCUCCCCCACACCUUGCCCACCCUCCUCCCCUCCUGGCCCGACACUUUGUCCCGCAGCGGGACCGCCGGGCGCUGUCCUUGGAGCUACCGGAGCUCCUCCAGGUCCCGGGGACCCCCCUGGCGCAGCUGCUGCCUUACCCCAGGAAGAAGAGCUUCUCCGGUGGGCUGGUUGGUGGAGGGGCUGGGGGGGAGCACCAGGACUGCAAUGGGAAGGCCCCCUCGGCCCAGCUCCAGCUCCAGCUUCAACUUCAGCUGCCACAACAUCCCCAUCCCCAUCCACAACUACUGACAGAGGUGUUCCCUCAGGUCAACACACGCAAGGACAGGGAGGACCUGGACGAUGACAUCGACUAUAGUCUGUGUUUCCGUAUCCAGAAGAUGAUGGAGGUUUACAGGCCAGAGUGGUGCGAGACCAGAGAGGACUGGUCUGUCUUCCUCUUCUCUCCUCAGAACAGGUUCAGGCGGGUAUGCCAGUCCAUCAUAGCCUACAAGAUGUUUGACUAUGUGGUGCUAGCAUUCAUCUUCUCCAACUGUAUCACCGUGGCUCUAGAGAGACCCAAGAUCAUGCAGGGCAGCCUGGAAAGAGUAUUCCUAACUAUCUCCAACUACGUCUUCACAGCCAUCUUUGUAGCGGAGAUGACGCUCAAGGUGGUGUCUAUGGGCCUGUAUAUAGGGGAACAGGCAUAUCUGAAAAGCAGCUGGAACGUGUUGGACGGCUUCCUGGUCUUUGUGUCGUUGAUUGACAUUGUGGUGUCCAUGGCGGGCGGGGCUAAGAUCCUGGGGGUGCUGAGGGUUCUCAGAUUGCUCCGCACACUGCGCCCCCUCAGGGUGAUCAGUCGAGCCCCAGGUCUGAAGCUGGUAGUGGAGACUCUGAUAACGUCUCUGAAACCUAUAGGAAACAUUGUCCUUAUCUGCUGUGCUUUCUUCAUCAUAUUUGGUAUCCUGGGGGUGCAGCUGUUCAAAGGGAAGUUCUUCUACUGCUUUGGCCUCGACGUCAAGAACAUCACCAACAAGUCUGACUGUCUGCAGGCCAACUACAAAUGGGCCCAUCACAAGUACAACUUUGACAACCUGGGACAGGCUCUGAUGUCACUGUUUGUGCUGGCUUCGAAGGACGGCUGGGUCAACAUCAUGUACCAUGGCCUGGACGCUGUAGGGGUGGACCAACAGCCAGUGAUCAACAACAGUCCGUGGAUGCUCCUCUACUUCAUCUCUUUCCUCCUCAUCGUCAGUUUCUUCGUUCUCAACAUGUUUGUGGGCGUGGUGGUGGAGAACUUCCACAAGUGCCGUCAGAACCAGGAAGUGGAAGAGGCUAAAAGGAGAGAGGAUAAACGACGGAGACGCAUGGAGAAGAAGAGGAGGGACGCCCAGAAGAUCCCCUACUAUGCCAGCUACAGCUCCCUCCGCCUGUGGAUCCACACUCUGUGUACCACCUACUACCUGGACCUCUUCAUCACCUUCAUCAUCUGUAUCAACGUCAUCACCAUGUCACUGGAACACUACAGCCAGCCACGAUCUCUGGAUCUAGUGUUGAAGUACUGUAACUAUUUCUUCACGUCCACCUUUGUACUGGAGACCCUCCUGAAGCUCACCGCCUUCGGCUUCCGACGCUUCUUUAAAGACAGGUGGAACCAGUUGGAUCUGGCCAUCGUGUUGCUGUCAGUGAUGGGCAUCACUCUGGAGGAGAUCGACUACAGCGCUUCUCUCCCCAUCAACCCUACCAUCAUACGCAUCAUGAGGGUGUUGAGGAUCGCACGAGUUCUGAAGCUGCUGAAGAUGGCUAAAGGAAUGAGAGCUCUGCUGGAUACGGUGGUCCAAGCCCUACCACAGGUGGGGAACCUGGGCCUGCUCUUCAUGCUCCUGUUCUUCAUCUAUGCAGCACUGGGGGUGGAGCUGUUUGGAGAACUGGUGUGUAACGAGGACUACCCGUGUGAGGGGAUGAGCCGCCAUGCUACCUUUGAGAACUUUGGCAUGGCCUUCCUCACCCUGUUCCAGGUCUCCACUGGGGACAACUGGAAUGGAAUCAUGAAGGACACGUUGAGGGAGUGCCCUAUGGACUACGGGCCUGACUACUCCUGCAACCCCAGCCUGCAGUUCAUCUCUCCCAUGUACUUUGUGUCCUUUGUGUUGACGGCCCAGUUCGUCCUGAUCAACGUGGUGGUGGCGGUGUUGAUGAAGCACCUGGAUGACUCCAACAAGGAGGCCAAGGAGGAGGCGGAGAUGGAUGCUGAGAUUGAGCUGGAGCUGGCCACGGGGGCCCUCUGCUGCAUGGGACCAGAGGGAGUCUGCGCAGGAGGGAAGAAAGGUGGAGGAGCAGGGGGAGGUGGCGGGGGAGGUGUGGGAGUUGGAGGAGGAGUGGAGAGAGGGAUGGAAGUCCCAAGCAGUUCCUCCGUGGGGAAUACGCAUCAUCAUGUUGCAACAACGCAUCCAGGCCCGCCGCACGAUCCGAACAAUCGCGAUCUCUACUCUCCUGCACAGGAGAGUCAGUGGCUGGACAGUGUGUCUCUGCUGAUAAAGGACUCAUUUGAAGGAGAGAUGAUGAUGAUUGACAACCUCUCUGGAUCUGUCUUCCAUCACUACUCCUCUAGCUCUCUUCCUGUCUGGAAGGACUGCAAGAGCCACCCGCAACUAGAGCAGAUCCGGCUGGCAGAGAUAGAGCAGGCGUCUCUGAGGUCAGACCAAAUGUCAGACAAGUCGUCCUCUCCAGCCCUACCUGAUGACCUCAGCCUGGACGACCAGAGUGUCCACCAGCUGCUGGUGCGGGAGGGCAAGGAUGAGAAGGGCAGUGACUCCCAGGGCUUAGAGGAAGCUGGUGGAGGAGGGGGCUCCCUGACCCAGGCCCAGACAGGGGGGUCGAGGCACUGCAGGGCCCAAAGUUCAGUAGCCAAAGAGGGGACUCCACUGCUGGUGGAGGUGGGGGUCCAUCAGAGACACGAGAUCCCAUCCCAACACAGCCCUGGUGGGGCCUCCUGCAGAAGCACUAAGGCAGGAGAAGGAUCAGAUGAGGGAGGAAGAGGAGGAGGAGGAGAAGGAGGAGGAGAAGGAGGAGGAGGAGGAGGAGGAGGAGGAGGAAGAGAAGGAGCGGCCAGUGCCUCUGGUUCUCCUGCUCUUAUCCGUCUGCCAGCGGAGUUCUUCCACCCUGUGGCAGCAGCGGCCCUGCCGGUGCCCCUUAGGGCCAGAGUAGGGCGCACCUCGCAGGGUCUCAGACUCACCUCCCCGGCCUCCUGGGCCUCCCUGCGCUCCCCAGGAGCCCACAGCCGGGUGCUCUGCACGCAGUACCAGUCCCAUAGUGACUCGUCUCUGGCCACGGGGAGCUCCGAUGGCAGCCUCCAGACCACCCUGGAGGAAGGACUCAGCUUCAGUGUUUCGCCCCCUCAAGACCUGAAGCCCCCUCUCCCCCUGCUCUGCCCCCUGCCCCACCCACUCCCUGAGGACCCCACCAGCUGCCCACCAGGCCAGACUCUGAGACCGCGGCCCAGCUCCUCGUCAGGCCCUGCCCUCACCCUCCAGGCCACUCGGGGCCACCAGCGGAGCCAGAGCAGCGGCAGGGGUAGCAUCAGCCCCGGCUACACCCGGGAGGACUCCAUGGACCCCGAUCUGUGCGACCUGGAGGACCUGGGCAUCGGGAUCAGUUCGUCCAUCGGGGGGUGUAGCUCCAGCCAGGCAGGCAACAGCGAACACUUGUCGGAGACGCUAAGCAGCCUGUCGCUCACAUCGUUGCUCUCGCCCGCCUCCCUGGCACCGCCAGGGGUGAAGAAAUGCAACAGCACGGGGAGCUUGGACCAGGGGGCGAGGAGGGGGGAGGGGAGACAGAUCCUAGGAUUGGAGUUGGACUCCCAGGGCUUCCUGGCCAACCCGUGGGGAGAGAGUGGGGGAGGCAGAGGAGAGGAGGGACAGUUGGGAGAGGCAACGGGCCUCAAGGGGAAUAGUUCAAGCCAAACGACAGUAGGGUCCUGUAGUAAAAACAGAUGAAGCCUGAAUCCUUUGUUGUCUACUACCACUCCUAUUAGGAUUCAUCAACCCAUACUGUUCCUCUCCGUCCCCCAAAGGCAGAGAGAAGUUUGACGUUUUUGACAACGUGUGAUGUAAUCCCGUGAAUUCCUUUAACCAAACCCCUCCCUCUCUCUCUAUAUAUAUUUAUGUUUAUGACCCCCCUGUCCCAUUUUGUGCUACCCUGUGGCAGUGGUUCAGGUGUGGAGGGUCAGAGGUCAAACGGUGGAAGGUUAAAGGGGAUUACAGGUGUGACCCCUGUGGUGGGGGAUGGGAUGGACCCCCCAUUGUACCCCUCUGGAGGAGAAGGACCCCCAGAGUAGGAGACAGACCAGGAGGGCUGCAUCAUCAUAUCAGGGAGAUAUGCAUAGAAGACAUAGACAGAGACAAGCUGAGACAGAGAUCUAACGAGAACAUUUUUGUCUUAUCAUCGUUCCUGUUUUCCUGUUUGUUUUCCUUUUUUCUUCGGCUUCACAGAAGUUUAAAAUGCAAAAAUAGAAUAUC